UCAGUGGUGGGUAAAGAGAUGUCUCCAAGAAAGCGGCUGUCGAAGUCCAGUGAAAAUCUUGAGAAAGAUGAAGACCAGAGAACCUCUCCAGAGGAGUACCUGGAGACAUUUCGAAAUGGUCGAAUUGACAUAAAACAGUUGAUAGCAAAGAAAAGACAAUUGACAGCAGAAGCAGAGCAUUUGAAGCCACUUUUUUUGAAGGAAGUUGGUAGUCACUUUGAUGAUAUUGUGACCAGUCUUAUUGAAAAAUCUGCCUCAUUAGACAAUGGUGGGUGUCCUCUUACAACUUUUUCCAUACUUGAAGAAAUGAAAAACAACCACAGAACAAAAGAUAUGAGAGCACCUCCAGAACAAGGAAAGAUUUUUAUUUCAAGACGCUCUCUCUUGGAUGAGCUGUUUGAAGUGGACCACAUCAGGACAAUAUAUCACAUGUUUAUUGCCAUCCUCAUUAUCUUUAUCCUCAGUACACUUGUGGUAGAUUACAUUGAUGAAGGAAGGCUGGUGCUUGAAUUCAAUCUCCUGUCUUAUGCUUUUGGAAAAUUUACUGUUGUUAUUUGGACAUGGUGGGCCAUGUUCUUGACUACACUUUCAGUUCCCUAUUUCCUAUUUCAUUGUUGGGCCAGUGGCUACAGGAAGAGUUCUCAUCCAGUUAUCUCUUCUGUUGUCUAUGGCUUGUUCUUCACAUUCUUCCAGCUUGGAAUUCUAGGUGUGGGACCAACAUAUAUUGUAUUGGCCUAUGCACUGCCGCCAGCUUCCCGGUUCAUUGUUAUACUUGAACAGAUUCGUUUGAUAAUGAAGGCCUAUUCAUUUGUAAGAGAGAAUGUGCCAAGGGUACUAAAGGCAGCUAAGGAGAAGUCAAGCGCAGUUCCAGUACCCACGGUUAACCAGUACUUAUACUUCCUGUUUGCUCCUACACUUAUAUACCGUGACAACUAUCCCAGAACUCCCACUAUAAGAUGGCGUUAUGUUGCUAUGCAGUUUGCACAGGUUUUUGGUUGCCUUUUUUAUGUGUACUACAUCUUUGAAAGGCUUUGUGCACCAUUGUUUGGGAAUAUCAAACAGGAGCCUUUCAGCGCUCGUGUUCUGGUCCUAUGUGUAUUUAACUCCAUCUUGCCAGGUGUGCUGAUAUUCCUUCUUUCUUUUUUUGCUUUUUUGCACUGCUGGCUCAAUGCCUUUGCUGAGAUGUUACGAUUUGGGGACAGGAUGUUUUAUAAGCAUACGGUUUCUGCCGGAUCCUGUGAGGAUAUAUCAGUGACUAAGGAUUGGUGGAAUUCUACAUCAUACGCUAACUAUUAUAGAACCUGGAAUGUAGUGGUCCAUGACUGGCUAUACUACUAUGCUUAUAAGGACCUUCUUUGGUUUUUUUCAAAGAGAUUCAAAGCUGCUGCCAUGUUUGUUGUCUUCGCUUUGUCUGCUGUGGUUCAUGAAUAUGCCCUAGCUGUUUGCUUGAGCUACUUCUAUCCAGUCCUCUUUGUGCUCUUCAUGUUCUUUGGAAUGGCUUUAAACUUCAUUAUCAAUGAUAAUUGGAAAAGGCCAAUUUGGAACAUUAUGAUGUGGGCUUCCCUUUUCUUGGGCCAGGGAGUACUUGUUUGUUUUUAUUCUCAAGAAUGGUAUGCACGUCAACACUGUCCUCUGAAAAAUCCUACAUUUCUGGAUUAUGUUCGGCCACGUUCCUGGACUUGCCGUUACGUGUUUUAGAAGCUUGGACUUUAUUUCCUCUUUGUCACUGAAGAUUUGAAUGUUCUGCCUGAUUUGGGGCCGGCUGUUUCUAGCUGUUACUGAAGUUGGGACCACUCCAGCCUUUACAGCACAUCGUGACUCACUCCAUUCCUAUCUGGGCUGUUGAAUAUCACUGGAAUCUUGUAUUCUACCCCCAGCCCCCUUCUCGGGAGAAGGGAGACUUGUAGCUGAGGUUAUGACAGAUUUUUGCUGGGUCAUCUCAGUUUAAGCCCUGAUGAUUGUACCUGUUUCAUGAAUCUUUCUAGUCAGAAAGUAAACAUCUCUCUUUUUUUAUUUUUUGUCACUGAGUUAUCCAAAAAGAGUUAUAAAGAACAAGAUCAUUUAAGUACUUCUGGCUUAGAAUUUUUUUCAUACAUACUAUUAGAAGUUAUGCUAAUUAAAAAUGCAAUUGGGGAAGAGAAGAAAAAAACAUGUAAUAGUUUUUUGCUAUUUCUAGCAGAAAGGGAAGAUAAUCUAUUUUCCAAGAUAAUCUCAUUAUAUACUUUAAUUUGUAAUGUUUUUAAUGUUCAAGUCUGUUCAUCUUUUUCCUUCUCUGUGCA